GACAAGGUUCCACUUGGUCCGACUCCCCCCUGGUUCGGAGCUGGAAUCAGUUGGUCGUUUUUAAAGCAAUUUUUCGGCGAGCUCAGUCCACUGACACUGACACUUCAGUGAGUCGACACAUUGCGGAGUGACUUGUCUUGGCCACACAGAGCCGCGACAACUUUGCUCUAAGGGAUCUCCUGUCUGUCUCCGUGACUCUUGCUCGUGGCUGGCCUGAACACUGAAUGUCAUUGCUUCUUUAGUGUAGCCUGGACACAUCUCAUAAUUCUGGGAUAUUUUGGAAUAUCAGUUCAAGCUUCUCCUUAUUUGUACAGAAUGCAUGCCAACACUGGUAUAUCAAAGUGGGUGUAGUCAACAAGAACUAGGUCACAGGGCAGUUGGAGCUCAGUCGUAAUAUACUGUAAUCUCUCAGUUUUAACCAGUUAAGGGUUUUUGCACUUAUGCAGUGGAAAAGUAUUAAUCAAUCAUAGAAGUGUUUAUUCUACAUGGAUGUAUAUGAUGUAGAAAUUCCAUUUAUAGAGACACAAUCUUAUAGUUAUGAUGGCCACCGACAAGGGUCAGCCCCUCCUUCAACUCCAGGAGGUGGACUCCAGUCGAGUGGGCUGUCGCGUGCUCUCCCCCAUCCUCAACACCUCCUCCCCGGGUCUGUCCCUCGAAACCAGUCAGCCCAUCUGUAUCCCCUCACCUUACACCGAGCUCAGCCAUGACUUUCCCACCAUCCCUUUCUACAGUCCGACUAUCUUAUACGCUGGGCCAGGACUUUCAGACUGUUCGCCUGUGCACCAGACCCUAAGGCCUUCCUUAUUCUGGCCCAGCCACGGCCACAUGGGUCCUUCUGGACCGCUGCACCCUUCCCAGGUACGUCCACAGCAGAGCCAGCCUGUCCAGAGUCAAUGGGUGGAGCUGUCACCAGGGGACAGUGAGUUGACUGUCAGUAAGCGCAGGCGUUCCCAGGAGAGCGAGGAAGUUGUGGUGUCGUCAGGUGGAAAAGCAGAUCUUCACUUCUGUGCUGUUUGCCAGGACUACGCCUCUGGCUAUCAUUAUGGCGUCUGGUCUUGUGAAGGGUGUAAGGCCUUCUUCAAAAGGAGCAUUCAAGGCCACAAUGACUACAUCUGCCCAGCAACUAAUCAGUGCACCAUAGACAAGAACCGCCGUAAGAGCUGUCAGGCAUGCCGUCUUCGCAAGUGCUAUGAAGCCGGCAUGACCAAAUGUGGUAUGCGCAAAGAACGUGGAAACUACCGGAACCAGCAGAGGAGGCGAGUGAGUGGUGUGUCCUCACACAACAAGACUCAAGCAGCAAAGGCGUCAACUGAACCAGCAGCAAUUCCUGAGCUCCAUCCUCCUGCUAUGACUCCAGAGCAGCUAAUAAAGCAAAUCAUGGAGGCGGAGCCACCUGAGAUUUACCUGAUGCAGGAUAUGAGGAGACCACUCACUGAAGCAAACGUCAUGAUGUCUCUGACUAACCUCGCUGAUCAGGAACUGGUUCACAUGAUCAGCUGGGCGAAGAAGAUCCCAGGGUUUGUGGAGCUCAGUAUUUUGGACCAAGUGCACCUGUUGGAGUGCUGCUGGCUGGAGGUGCUAAUGAUAGGGCUGAUGUGGAGGUCGGUCAACCACCCAGGGAAACUCAUCUUCUCACCUGACCUAAGUCUGAACAGAGAAGAGGGCAGCUGCGUCCAGGGCUUUGUGGAGAUCUUUGACAUGCUCGUAGCCGCCACAUCCAGGGUGCGAGAACUCAAGCUGCAGAGGGAGGAGUAUGUCUGCCUCAAGGCCAUGAUCCUCCUUAACUCCAACAUGUGCCUCGCCUCUUCUGAGGGCAGCGAUGAGGUGGAGAGUCGCUCCAAGCUGCUGCGUCUUCUUGACGCUGUCACCGAAGCUCUUGUGUGGGCCAUCGCCAAAACCGGUCUCCCGUUUCGACAGCAGUACACCCGCCUGGCUCAUCUUCUUAUGCUGCUCUCGCAUAUUCGCCAUGUCAGCAACAAGGGCAUGGACCAUCUCCACUGCAUGAAAAUGAAGAACAUGGUGCCUUUGUAUGACCUGCUGCUGGAAAUGUUGGAUGCUCACAUCAUGAACAGCUCUCGGCUGCCCGCCAAGGGUCCGCAACAGGAGGCCUACAAGCAGGAGGAGAGCUGCACCAAGCACGAGGGUUCCAGCAGCGCCUCCUCCAAUAGUUGCACUACCGAAAACGGAGGUGAUGCUCAGUAGCUAUCAAGUCGCCUCUUGGCUUUGAAAUGCAUCUAGAUGCAAUGAUAUGAAUCUCUUUGCCUAAAAAUUGGUUUAAAAAAAAAAAAACUGUGAUGUUUAUUGAAUUCCGUCUUGUGAAUGUAGACGCUCAUAAUUUUAUUUGCACAACACAUCGUCCAAAACAUAACUCAUGCAGUACUGUACUGUAUUUAUUGCCGCACCAUAUCAAGGCCUAUAAAUACUAUAGAUGGCAACUGGCUCCAUCGUGAAAAGAUCAUUUAAUUUUACUAAUAACAUGCAGACGGACCGUGCGAGACGAAAAAUAAUGACAAACAACAUACUGUUUUACUUAAUUUCGCAUUUGUGCCUAAAAUUGAUCCAUGCUGGUGCCAUCUUGGAGAUCUUUUUAUUCUAGGCCAAGUUUUUAAUUAGCCGAUUAUUGAUCUUUCCUGGUGCUGCACUCUCUAGUGUUUAUUGGUGAAGAACACACAAGGUCUUAUAUCGAAAGCAUCAUCUGGAGGUAGUGCCUUACUCCCUGCUACAUAAAAUAGAACAAAAGGACAAUGAAUGAACCGAAUAUUUGCCUUAAUAAUUCAGACAAGCGAACAAAGUAGAUGCUCUAUUUCUAUGGGGAAAAAUGUCUGGGACCAGAUAAAUAAACUAGAGGAAACAGUGAAAAUUAUAUUGUGUGUGCCUGUGUAUGGAGCCGAAGGCAACAGAACCCAUAAAAUGUGCUUAAAGACCGUCAUCAAAUCAGUUGUGGGUAAAAUGGCACUUAUAAAGAACAACAGGCAGGGUUAACACAUGUGGGAACAAUACUGUUCCUUUUUUAUCAUGUAUAAAGUGUAGAUGUAGCUUCAAAACCUAAGCCAAUGUGAAAAGUGCCUUAAACCUGUAGGAUCGUCCAAAUUGCCAGCAGAGGGCGACCUCAUUAAUUGCAGUAUGAAUUCCUAUGUACAAAUUAUUACUCUUUCAAUCAACUUAGUCGACAUUUUUCUGGUUAAAACAACUGUCUUAUAACCGGUAAUCACGGAAUAAUAUUGGAUAACCCAUACAAUCUAGCAAAGUGAGCCAUACUGUCUUUCUGUGAUGCUAAACAGGAGUCAUCCAUUCUAUGGGGUCAUCUCAAAUCCCUUGAAUGCAAUAUUCCUCACUCAGUGUUCCCAAAAUAUUACAGCCACAAUAUUAAGAAGCGCCUCAAGCCUGUUUAACCAAUAAUACCUGACUUCACCCCAGAGCCAAGCGACAUUCACUACAAACCACGCCUCAUACAAACCACGCCCCUACAAACUACGCCCACAUGAUGUUACGGUGGUAGCGUCCAGAGGUGGGUAGAGUAGCCAAAAAUUUUACUCAAGUAAGAGUAGUGUUACUUCAAAAUAAUAUUACUCAAGUAAAAGUAGUCGUCCAUAAAAUGUACUCAAAAAAGUAUUUUGGUGAAAAGAAUACUCAAGUAAUGAGUAACAUUGUGAGUAACCACUUAUAUUUAUGUUGGAUUUUUUUUUUUUUUUAAUUGGUAUUAGGGUUGUUCCGAUCAUGUUUUUUUGCUCCCGAUCCGAUCCCGAUCGUUUUAGUUCGAGUAUCUGCCGAUCACGAUAUUUCCCGAUCCAAUUGCUUUUUUUUUUUGCUCCCGAUUCAAUUCCAAUCAUUCCCAAUAAUUUUUCCCGAUCAUAUACAUUUUGUCAAUGCAUUAAGAAAAAAAUGAAUAAAACUCAAACGAAUAUAUACAUUCAACAUACAGUACAUAAGUACUGUAUUUGUUUAUUAUGGUAUUAUGGUCAAGAUGGCAUUUACAUUAUUAACGUUCUUUCUGUGAGAGGGAUCCACGGAUAGAAAGACUUGUGACUUUGUAUAUUGUGACUAAAUAUUGCCAUCUAGAGUAUUUGUUGAGCUUUCAGUAAAUGAUACUGAAGGCCAUGCCCAAAUGCAUGAUGGGAAGUGGAACCAUGACUGUGCAUAGUGCUAUCAGUUGAUAUAUCUUCUCUGCGUUGGGAAGUAACAUAAGGUGUUAAGAAAAAGAUCAAUUGCUACCUUGCUUCACCACAUUGCUUCCCAUGAUAUUUCUAAUCAGGGAGAGGGAUUGUAAGGCUUUAGCCAAUUAAAAUAAGGCUCCAAAGGCUGCCAAAAUUCACUCUACUCAUUUUACGCUGCCUUUUAGCUCUCUAUAUAGGCAAAAUGGCGCCAUUACAAAUGGAGCGUGACAAUGCGUGAAUGGGUCGUGCAGCGCAUGCAUUAAUUGCGUAAAAUAUUUUAACGUGAUACAUUUUUUAAAAAAUUAAUUACCGUCGUUAUUGGGAUAAAUUUGAUAACCCUACCUUAAGCCUAAACUAAAGACUCUGGGUAAGUGUAACAUAUUAUGUCUGUAACGUUAAAUACAAUUAGAAAACAAUUUAAUUAAAAAAAUUAAAAAAUUUGAAAAAAGGCAUGGCCGAUAUUUUUUUGCCGAUUCCGAUACUUUGAAAAUGACGUGAUCGGACCCGAUCGAUCGGCAUCUCUUAAUUGUUUUUUUUUUUUUUCUGAGCACAAAGUUAUCUAUAUGGACUGUUGUGAUAAUGAUACAAAAACCCAUUACAUAGCCAAAUUAGGUCAAUGAAAAAAGAUAAAUAAAAAUUAAAUCAUUGAAUUCCGACGAGAGAAAAAAAAUAAAGCAUUAUUCCUCCAAAGAGCAUGAGUGCCCUCUGGUGGAGAAAAUAGUUCCCUGUUUGAAUAGUGACGAGUUCCUUCAUAUCUACUAUUUUGAUAUUAAAAGGAUCAUAUCUCCGGUUUUCCGUGGUCAAUCGGUGCCAAAGAAAAACUGGGAGAGAUAUCUAUAUCUCUAUAUCAAAUACUUCAUUUUUCACGGUGCUUUAAAGACACCACAUGAUUAAACAGGCUAGCGUGAAGAUAGAACGGCAAGCUUGCCUCCAAUUUGGUAUAAUGGAGUCAUGUGAUUUUUGUUGCGACGUCUCAUUGGUGUAAUCGGUAAAGCUACCCCGGUAAUACACCACGCGCAUCUUUACUCAUCGCAUCGCUGGCAAAAAUAAUAAUAUGUAGAAUAAAGAGGAAAAAUGUAACGACUCUUGCGUAGCCUAAAGUCGCGGAGCAAGAGUAACAUUUUUUCUUCACAAAUCUACUCAAGUAUAGCUUAGUAAUCUACUCUAAGAAGUACGUUUUUUUCAAAAAAUAACUCAAGUAAAUGUAACGGAGUACAUGUAAAGCAUUACUACCCACCUCUAGUAGCGUCUGAUGCUUCUCAUAGAUAUCCCAUGUAUAUAGAACUACAUGCGAAAUGACAGACUCGGCCGCGUUAGUAAACAGCCGCCAUCUUGAAGCAGAAGACGUCUCAGGCAGGCUUUGUCGUUGCGAACCUAAAGUGAGCAACUUUUAAUCUAAAAUACUGCUAAAUUGGUCAAAUCUGGACUUGAAUCUAUCAUUAAUGCUGAAACGGUUUAAACACGUUCACAUGUCGAAAGUAGACAGAAGGGAAAUAAAGCAAUAAUGCCAUAACGGGAGCAAUUCUAACAACUUUAACGGUUGAUUCAUAACAUUAAAUGACUUCCAAACAUUGCAAAGGUUACAAUCUAGGUAUGUUUUGGCAUGCCCAGUGGUUCUUAACUUUGCUAAAGGUACCGGACCCCAUUUUUACAAGUUCAAAACCUAGCAAGCUAACAUCUAAGUAAAUGUUCAAAUUUCUUCCAGAUUUCUAAUUUACUACAAAUAUUUCAUUUCACACAGUUCCCUUUUCUGUUUUCAUUGUAGCAUCAUUACAUCACAUACUCGUUUAAUGGCGUAAAAUGACGGAAUUUAAAAAAUACAUAUAAAUAUAUUCACGCAUUUCAUGCUGCCUGUAGGUCUGUUAUACUUCUUCAUACAAAGUGCGAGUCAACCUUUCACUGAGCAAAUCGAUUUCUUCUCCCUUUAGAUAGAUGGCUAGCAGUUGAAAGAAAUGGAAUAAAGCCUGUAAACUGAGGGCAAAUUGGUUCAAAACCUGGUCUUAAACGCCACUUUGCCUGCAUUUAGUCAGCCUAACAAAUAGGACUGCGUUUCUGAAAACCUUUACCGAAACUCUGAGGUUUAGUAACCGGACCCCUGGGGUUCAAUCGAACCCCAGUUAAGAACCAAUGGGCACGCCUCUGUGCCCGCAAUCCCCCUGUGUCUAGUUAAAUAUAGGGUGAGGAAUUGGGUAAGGGUCUGUUGCCCCAAAAACCCGUUGAACUUCACAUAAUAAACAAAUUCUUCUCGCCAACGUACCAACAGCAGGCGUGGUUUGUAUGAGGUGUUGUUUGCGGCGGCAGUCGCUUGGCUCUGGGCUACAUUCAGACCCUUCCCGCUUUAACGCUCAUCAAGGAUCGAGUAACUUCCUUGGGCUAGCUUAAAUUGAAGAAGUUCUGAUAUAUACUCUUGAGAAAAUCUUAUGCAUAGACUUCAUAUUAUAUUGACGGGACAUGGGGCGCGGGGCCGAUUGAUAGGGGGCCUAUCUCCAUCAAAGCUGACCAAGUGGAAACACAAAAAGCUUUUUACGUUGAAAAUUCUUGUGAAUAAAUGUGUAAAUCCCUCAAUUCUUUAUAGAUAUGGACGUAAAACAGUCUCGAUUCUUGGUUAAAAGCAAAAAAAAACCACACAAAAAAAACAGGCAGUUAGCAUUUAAGUAAAUAUGUCGAAUGUGCUGCUCGUCUAAGUUACUGUGGCGCCGCCUUACCACAACAAAGAGCUUUUUACAUUGAAAGUCUUGUGAAUAAAUGCUUAAAUACCCAAAUUCUUUACAGAUAUGGACGUAAAAGUCUCGAUUCUUGGUUAAAACUUAAAAGAAAAAAAAAAAAAGGGCCGUAUUAUUUGUUUUACAUAAAUAUGUCAAAUGUGCUGCUCAUCUUUAAGUCACUGUGGUGCUGCCUUACCACAACAAAGAGCUUUUUAUGCUGAAAUUCUUGUGAAUAAAUGCUUAAAUCCUUGACCUCUUUAUAGAUAUGGGCGUAAAACAGUCUUGAACUAUUUAUAGAUAUGGGCGUAAAACAGUCCCGAUUCUUGGUGAAAAGCAAAAAAAAAAAAACAUGCAGGUAGAAUUUAUAUUACGUAAAUAUUGCAAACUAUGACUCCAAUGCCGUAGCGGCUAAUUUCUUCCAUUAAUUUUUUUCACAACUUUUCAAAAUGCAUGCAUGGUGCGAAAAAUAUAAUUUCUUCGAAUCCUCGAACAAAUCACUCCUGAGACAAUCCUUCCUGUUUGUAUGCGGUACAGCUUUCGUACUUUUACCCUAAAUCCGGUGUUGAAUCACUGAAUGUGUCGCUGGAACCGACUGCGAAUAACUGAAGCGGAUGGUGGGAUGGGCCCCCUGCUUGAAGGCGUUGUUCUGGCCAAAUUGAUCAAUACGAUUAUGAAGUCUAUGUCUUAUGGUUCCUCAAAAGUGAUGCCAACCAAUCACGAUUGUCGAAAGUUGUGAAACAUGAAAGCUUUUCAUUAUAUUUGAUUUGAAUUUAAUACCAACUCAAAUAUAAAGCAUGUAAAGCACAAAAUGGAUAUUUUGUGGUUAUAGGAAUAUUUUUGCUAAAUAAUUCAAUAUUUUAUACAGCGGUACCUCUACUUAAGAAUGUCUCGACAUACAGAAUUUUUAGGUUAAGACACGCCUCAACGGGAAAAUAUUGGCUCUUGUUACGAAAGAAAUUUCAGGAUACGAAAAAACAAAAAAUAUAGUAUGGCUGGUACUCACAGUUCCCAGAGUUUACAGAACGUAACUUAUUGUUAUAACUUACUUAUAGCUGCUCUGCCAUUGGCUAUUGCCUAGCAUUUCCAGCAUCUACUUGGCUAAGAAGGCCCUCUACUGUAUGUAUCCCAGCGUCCUCAUUUGCCCCUCGUGUUUCGAUAGCUUAACAUUAGUAUAUUAACAUUUAUUCUUUAUUCUUGUUUUUUUUUUUUUUUAGAUUAUGCACAACUCUGAUUUUAUGUUUAUUCUGCAAUAAUCUAAUUGUAACAUGUAUUUGUUACAUGUUUUGAUACAUUUUUAUGCAUUAUAAAAGAUUUAUGUCUAAUUUGGGGGGCUUGGAACGGAUUAGUGUAUUUACAAUGAAAACACGUUUCUACUUACAGAAUUUUCAAGUUACGAAACUACUUCCAGAACCAAUUAAUUUCGUAAAUAGAGGUACCACUGUUGUAACAAUUUCGACAUACAGACAAUUGAUUCGUGACCAUUUUGUGACAAGCUUCAACGAAGAGACAUCAUUGUUGCCAUCUUCAUUUGAUGGGGUCAUCGAGGAAGCAAUUAGAGACAUGAGAUGAAUCCAUAAUCAUGUGCAAAGUUGUAUAUGGUAGCAGAAAGCCCUUACAAUCAUUAUUUUUCAGCUUUUCUUCAGUGAUCUAUGAACAUGAAACCACAAUUCAAUUUGACAAUGCUUGUGCCAGUUUGCCGCUAUUUAACCAAAAGUAUGAAUCUCGAAAUGGUGCAGAAAUGAGUGCUGGAUAAAAAGGGAAAUAACUAUUCGGAGGAACAAUACAUGCUUUUCAUUGGACAGCGACAAAUUGUGCGAAAAUCACUUCUUACUACUUUAUACCACCUAGCAUAGCUCGCUAAAAAAAUUGUGUUCAAUUGUGGCUUUUUUAUUUUGGUCAGAAUUGUAACCACUACUGUACGUCUGACAAAGUUGCACUUACCUGUUGGAAUUUUGAUUGAGAAAAAAAAACAACAACUAUUUUUGUAUCUUCUUGUAGCUAGCGCUGUUGUACGCAUUGGUAAAAUAAUGUAAUGUUCACUGAAUGUUUUGUGAAACGGGGAAAAAAAAAAAAGAAAAAAAUCAAGGUUGAAGAUCUGUACCAGUUCCAGCUUGUCUGCUUUGUGCUAUUUUAACAUGAAUUAUUACUGCUUCAUAUCUGGUGUUCACUUACAGGACCACCAUGUGUAAACAAGUAACAUUUGAAGUGAAAAGACUGCUGGGCAAUGUGUUAAUCAUGAAUCAUCUCGCAAACACAUUCUUUGUUGUACAGUAUUGAGACCUUUAAGUGGCAAGAAGAGUGGUUCUUUUCACGAUGAGUGGCUUAUAUGUCUUUAAACAAGCUUAAUGUUA